GGGCCAGUCCUGUCAUAGCGGCCCGAUACCAUCAUUUCCUCGUAAACGCUCGUGUUCGCAGGUAGAGCCCAAGUAAUUUUGUCGCCAUUUUUAGCUUCAAGCCAGCUAGGAGAGCCGAAGAGCGAGCGCACUGCCUGAAAUUGUUUCAGUGCAGCAACAAUUGUCGAAGUUUCGCAAGCGUGAGCGCUUUUCCCGAUACUUCCCAGUGCCAGUUGUGUGUGCCGGUGACGCGUGCGUGCAGGGGAGCGCGCGCGCCUGUGUGCGUUUGUCAGUGUGUGUGUGUGUAUGCGUGCGUGCGUGUCUCUAGCAAAGCCCCGCGUUUUUUGUCCAUCUUUCCUUCUAAUUCGGGUUCCUCGUGCACGGUGGUUGCCGGCAUUGAGAGCGUUGAUUUGAGUGCGUGCGUCUUCCUCGGAAAAAAGCGGAAGCAAGCACCACUGUCAGUAGGGAUUUGUGCGUGAGUACGUUUGUGUGUGUGUGCCUGGGUGUACAUGUGCAUGUGCGGGAUCGUGAGUUGGUUGCGUUCCAUUUGACAUGUCUCUUGACAUGUUCGGCCCUGUCCCGUGUUCGAUGUAACGCGAUAGUUCGCCUACGAUAGACAAAAGACGGAGCGAGAAACGAAACGCGGGAGACAGUCAUAUCACACAAUUCAACAACCCACCCCCUCCCCCCCCCACAACCAGCAAUCAACAAGCGUCACGGAUUCGUUGGAAAACGGCCGCCACAACUAGCAACUGCCUGCAUCCAUUUCCCUUCGUGCCGGAAGGCGAGAAAGAGACCGGGAGAGCUAGGGACAAGCGGAGAGCGAGAUCGAGAGCGAGAUUGAGUGAGUGAGAAGGAAGCGUCUGCGUGCGUGUGGUGCGGCUGUGGUGGGUUAGAAAAUGUCGUACAUGGGCAAAGUGUCGUCGCCCCGCCGUACGGAACAGCGCUCGCAGGAGGACGACGACUGCGAGGAGGAGGACGAGGUGACGCCAACGGGACGGAGCGAUCGUCCGGUGCUCGCCGCCACCAUGGAGGAAGAGGACAGCGAUCGUAGUAAUUCUCGAAAUCACACCAACACCAUCAACAGCAGCACAGCGAGCGAACAGGAUCAGUCACUCGUCGGCAAAAUUGCCUCGAACUUCCUGUCCAACCUGUCGAAGCUGGUGCGCAAUGCCAAGGAGAAGAUAGUGUCGCCAAAGCAGGGCAGAUACAAGCGAAGCCUCGAGGCGGACCUAUCUGGCCGGCAGGCUCGCGAACAGCUGGCAGCGGAACCGCGGAAGCGACCGCGCUCUUCCAUCAUGGACAAGGAGGAAGAGGAGGAGGAGCGGGAGGAUGAGGAGGACCAGGACAGGGCAGAUCGGGCAGUAAUGGAGCAGGAGGAGUAUGCGGACGAGAAUGACGAGGAGCAGGCACCCGCGGCCCACCGGAACGCCCGUACUUACGAGAUAGUUACGAAACGGCGCCGGCUGCACGAGGUCGAACCGUCGGUGGCCGCCGCUCCAUUGCCUCGCAGCACGAUCGGGAUGCGGGCCAGCCGGGCACCGGUCCGUUCCUCGAAACACACCCAGACCGAUCGGUUCGAUCGAUUUGUCGCGCAAACGGGCAGGAUGGACCGUGCCACGUCCACGGUCGGGCAGUACCGAAGUGCGCGCAAUGAUGCUCGGCCCAGUGGGCGCACCUCCCUGUUCGGGCGGCCUGCGUCGGUGGCAUCGUCGGACAGCGUGUUCCGCCCGUACUCAAUCCAUUCCACCCAGCCGACGGCAACGGUCACGUCGGGAGCGGAACCGGAGGACGGCGCGGCGGGCGAGCCAGCCAGACCGUUCGCUGCGUACAAGUUUGGCCAGGGGCUGGCCGAUGCGUCCGGCCGCAUGACGAGCUUUCUGGGCAACGCGCACUAUCGACAGCGGAUGGAGAGCCUGCAGCGCGGAGCGGUCCCGAAGGCGUUCUUCUCGUCCCACGACGAGCCGGCCAAGAGCCUCUACUCGAGCGGGUCCGAAUCGAGCGUCUCCUCCCGAUGGCCCUCCUUCAACCAGACCCUGUUCGGGUCCGUCUCCUCCCUCAGCAGCGGCCGCAUACCGCCCGAGUACGGUGGGUCACCGUUCUACGACGGCCUGACGCGGUACGGUGGCGCGUCGGCCGCGCGCACCCUCGCCACCAACGUGAUGGUGCAGCGGUCGGCGCAGCCGUCCAAUUCGACGCUGGUCGUACGGCAAGACGCGGCCUCCGGCUCGGGCAGACGGCGAGAAGCGGGCCCGGAACCUCCAAAAGCGCCCGAAAUCUCGUCGACCUCGCAGCGCAUGAGGCACAUCCUGGACACGUUUUCGACGAACAAGAAAAAUGGCCAGCCAGUGCCGGAGCAAUUCCUGAGCAAUUCGAGCCUGAGGCGGGAACUGGACGAGCUGAUCGGCCGCACGAAGCAGACGAACCGUAUUGCCUACCCGUACCCGGACGUGCACAGCCCGCGCAUACCGGAGAUGUUGCAGAUCAUGCGCGAGCAGAAGUCGGCGUCCAUCCUGAACGAACCGGUGGAGUAUGUGCCACGGCCGCCGGCCGUACCCCUGAUGGAGUACAGCGUACCGCUGCUGCCCGCCGACCGGCCAGCAAGUCCGAGUGAGCGGCGAAGCCUGGCCACCGAGACCCGCCCGAGCGUGGAAGCGUCCAAGGCGCCGGAAGAGCCGAAGCAGCAACUAGCCCCCCCGUUACCUAACCCCGAGCAUCUGCGCGGUCUGUCGCGGGUUAGAUGGAAUCCGCUGUCAUCGCAGCCGGUCACAGCGGAGGGGAAGCGGAAGGCGGUAAAUGGAAAUGAAACCACGCCAACGCAUAAUGAGCAGGAGCAGCUGGUGGGUGCAGAGGACGAGCGCGAGACAGAGCAGCAAGAGCAGUGUAAAGAAGCAGAGGAAAAGCACGGGGAGAGCGAGGAGGAGGAGGAGGAUGGGGACGAGACGGAUUUGAUGGAGCAGGAAAACGAAGGGAAGGAGCUGUGCAGGUCCAGCACGCCGAUUGAAGGUGUGCAGCAGUUUACCUUCGCUUCGCCCAUUGCGCUGGGUGAACCGAUGGAGCUGGAGUUUAGCCCGUCGCCUACGAUUACGUUCACGUUUGCAUCGCCGGCACGCUGUUUAGAGCAACAUCUCGAAACGAAGGCUCGCUCGUUCCAGGAACUGAUGGCCGAAUCCGCCGGCAAAUGGGUAUGUGACAUGUGCAUGAUCCGGAAUGAGCCCGACCAGCAAAAGUGCAUGGCGUGCGAAAGUGCGAAGCCAGCGAAGAAGCCAGCACAGCAGCAGCAGCAGCAGCAGCAGCAACCUUCAACAAGCACCACGCAGCCUGUUCGCUCGUUCCAGGAACUGAUGGCCGAAUCCGCCGGCAAAUGGGUGUGUGACAUGUGCAUGAUCCGGAAUGAGCCCGACCAGCAAAAGUGCAUGGCGUGCGAAAGUGCGAAGCCAGCGAAGAAGCCAGCACAGCAGCAGCAGCAGCAGCAGCAGCAACCUUCAACAAGCACCACGCAGCCUGUUCGCUCGUUCCAGGAACUGAUGGCCGAAUCCGCCGGCAAAUGGGUGUGUGACAUGUGCAUGAUCCGGAACGAGCCCGAGCAGCAAAAGUGCAUGGCGUGCGAAAGUGCGAAGCCAGCGAAGAAGCCAGAACAGCAGCAGCAACCUCCCGCGAAAAAUUCGACUCACAACAGCGAACCGCAAACGCCGAGCGAUUUGAAGCAGUGGCUUGCGAUGAAGAAGCCAGUACAGCAGCAGCCGCAACCUUCAAUAAGCGCGCAGCCUGUUCGCUCGUUCCAGGAACUGAUGGCCGAAUCCGCCGGCAAAUGGGUGUGUGACAUGUGCAUGAUCCGGAAUGAGCCCGAGCAGCAAAAGUGCAUGGCGUGCGAAAGUGCGAAACCAGCGAAGAAACCUGAAGAGCAACAGCAGCAACCUCCCGCGAAAAAAUCCUCGCAAGACAGUGAGCCACACACGUCGAUCGAAUGGAAAAGAAUGCUGGCGGCGGAUUCACCGUUCAGCAAGGUGCCGGAGCUGAAGGAUGGCUUCCAGUCGAUCGUCGAAAAGAUGAAGGCAAGCACGUGGGUGUGUGACACGUGCACUGCGCAGAACCCGAUAGAGCACGGCCGAUGUCUCUGCUGCGAACAGGACCGACCGGGCGGUGGUGGGGCCGGCAGUGCCCCCGGCAAGGCAAGCGAAGCCGCCGUGCUCGUUCCUAAAUUCACUUUCGGCAUGCCAUCGUUUACACCAAACACUGCCGCCAACUCCACGACAAUCGACACCCAGAAGGAGAUGAAAGCAGCGGACCCGAUCACCUCCACCCCUUCGCGGACGGGCGGCUUCCUGUUCGGUGCCUUCAACGGGGUGGAUCGUGGCACUUCCAACAGUGUGGCGCCAGCGCCAGCGCCAGCACCGGCACCCGCUACAGCACCAGUCCCAGCGGGCCUGUUUUCGUUCGGUGCGCCGGCGAACAGCGCCCACCCUUGCCCACCGGCCGCGGCAGUAGUGCCGGAAGCGAGCAGCAGCAAGCCGAGCUUUUCCUUCACGAACACUAGCACCACCGUGACCAGUGCCGCCCAGCCGUUCGUUUUCGGUGCUAGCCCUAAAGUUCCUUCCGCCGUCAGCUUCCAACCGUCGGUGAACAGUGGCAGCUCAAUGGCGCCACAGCAACAGUUCGCGGCCAGCGUUACCGGAGACAGUAAUGCCGCUCCUACCAGCCUGUUCGGAUUGCCGUCAUCGACACCGGUCAACUUUAAUUUCACCACAACCAGUAAUUGGGCUGAGUCUAAUCCAGUAUUCCAAUUCGGCGGAAAACCACAACCCAACCCAAGCGCGCAAAUAUCGGCGGGCCAAUCGCAUCAAAUCGCCAGGCGGAAGAUGAUUCGGGCCUCGCGGCGUUUGCAGCCACGGUAAGCCAGCAAGCGACACUAGACACACCGGCACUCGAUGGCUGCAUCUACGAGUGAAAGAGACAACCGACGAUGAGAGUGUGUGGGCGUGCGGUAUGGAGCUGGAUGGAUAGGUGGGAAUCUGAGUGAUUAGGACAUAAUUAUAAGGAAAUUUGGAAGUACGUAGAGAAAUCAGAAGCAAACCAGACAGACAGGGAGGCGUAGAGCAAACGGGCGGAAUAGAUUUUGCAGCUAGUUCGAUUUGCUAGGACACCGACACCGGCAGCCUCAAUCGCGCGAAACGGCUGAUUUAAGAUCUUUUAAGAAGGGCCGCCAGUAACGGAAUACUAGUACCAGUCACCCAUAUAUCGGCGGCUAGGUGUGUCGGUCCUCUCUCGCGCGAUCGAGCUACCGCGGUGAGGUGAACGCAUUCCGCAGAAAGGCUACGAAAUACGUAGAACAUGGGGUAGGGCGAUGGUAACAAACAUGGUAAGGAAAAAAGUUCCAAUGUAUGGACGAUGCAUAGAUUACAAUAGCCGACUGGUCGUCAUCACAGUACCGUGGGUGCUGGAAGGAUCAGCUGUUACGCUCUGGCGUCCGAUGUUAUGGCCACAGCAGGUGCAUCUGUCGAAAGAUAUCAAACUCUUUUUGUUUGGCGCAGUUUUGAAGUGAGCCAGCGAUAUAUACAAAUAUCAGCAAGACGUCAUUAUUUGGCGCUUACGUUAGCCGGUGAAUGGGAAGACGCUUUUAUAUUAUCAGGGCUGAAACCAACAAGCGAAAAGGGAAACAAUAGGUAAGCAGCGAAACGAAAGGAAGCUGAAAGGAGCCAAGUGAAGGGAAGCGAAGCUGUGCUAUGGUGAAUGUUCUGUGGUGCAGGACACUGAAUGCGAAAGAGAGUUUGUUAACAAAACGAGUACGGGCUAGUAAAGUUGCUGUAUCAAAAUAUGUAGACUAGUAAGAAAUGUAAGGACCCGGUUAAAGUAUAGAAAGACAGACAGAGGAGAAGAGUGCGCAAAAGAUGCGAAGAAAAAGGUAAGGAGGAGGUAGAUAGGGGCAGAACGGCAGGAGCGAGCCACAACAAAUAGAAACAGGACAGCUUACCGAAACAUUUUCAAUUAUAUUUUAUAGUAUAUAUUGCAUUUCAUGCAACGGAAUUUGAGGUCUGAAAUGUUCAUAAAAGAUUUUUCCUUUUAGCUCAUUGUUUGGGUUUUUUUUUGUAAUUUUCAAAACAUUUUUUGUUUAAAAAAAAAGAGAUUCGUUCAACAAAAAGUGAAAUAUAAUUUGAACCAUGAAUUAAAUGGAAUGAAAUUACAAAUUAUUAUCCCUAGGCUUCGGUAUUGUUAUAUUUGCGCAUGUUAAUAAAAAAAAGAAAAAAGGAACCGA